AUAGAGAGACAGAUAAGAUUAUGGUGCGACUUCUAGACUGAAUUCAAAUGUAGAAAAGAGUGAAUGUUGUAGCAUUGCUGCAAACACACCUGAAAACACACCUGAAAACGUGGACCUGAGCAGGAUCGCGAUACUUCAAUAAAGAUCAAGAUGGCCGACGAAACUUGUUUGGCGGGAAACCGUAGGUACUAGCACGGCCUCCUCCUCCUCUUCCACAGCACCGGCACUACCAGCACCGGCGGACAGAGAAGGUCUACUACCUUUUGAAAUGCAUCGUGUCGGCGGAACGGGCGCGGAAGUGGAGGCAAUGACGAGCUACAAUACGGCAGCUUCACCUUCAGCUACGCAGGAAACAAAUAGCGUCAAAAUGCCGGCUGCUCAAGUAGAACACGAAGAACAGCAGGGCGUGAGCAACAUAUCCGGCUUGCUCGAAGAUAUCACAGGAAAAAGUGUUAACGUUAACGGAAUUUGUGACGCAGUAAUGCAUCACAAAACGGGCCAGAAUUUGUCAUGCAUAGCAUGCAUAUUGGGCUACAUUUGUGAUGUCUGGCUGUAAUCUGUGAGAACCGUUAACGUUAACGCUUUUUCUUGUGAUAGAAGACGAGGACUACUCGGAGACGUUUUCUUCGGAAGAAGAAGAAUCUACUGAAUCGUCUCCAGGAAAAGUAAAAGAAUCUGAAAAGAUUGACGACGAUGCGCAAUCUCAAGUUGAUUCUCAUGAUAAGCCUGCGCACCAGCAGCUACCAGCUACUCCAGGUCCACCAGAGGACGAACUCCUCGGAAACAAGAAAGAAGACGGCACCUUCUACGAGCACUUAGCACCACCCAACAGCUACAGCCCGACCGCUACGAGCACAACUUGCCCAUCUACAAUCUCGCCGAAGAACUUCCACUUUUCGACAGCAGGUGCAUCUUCGUCUUCGGUUUGUUGUCAUGCAGGAUCAGGAUCAGAACAGGUGGGGACAGAAGAUUGGUCAUCCGAUGACAUCACGUCCUCAGAUAACUUCAAAAACGACAACGAUUUCGAUAUCGAGCUGGAAAACGAACCAAGAGAACCGUAUAACAAUCUGAACCUAGAGCUGCUGAAGACAUCAACAAAAACUACUUCUACCCCAACAACCAGCGGCAGUGCGGACGAGAUGGUGACCCGCACGACAACCUCCACAACCGUGAACAAAAACACAAACAGGAUCAUUUCAAUCUGUCGCAAUGAUUAUCCAGCACGGAAGAGCAGUUCUUUAUCUUUCACCCCCAUGUCGACAGCCUCGAGGACGUCGUCUUCGCGCGGGUGCAAAUUCUUCGUCCCGCAAGUGCAACAUGAUGGGAGCUGCUCGCAUGACAAAUCUUCCGGAGCAGGUGCGACUUCUUCUAGUAAAACCCCCCAAGAACCACCACCGACCGUAUCAAAUGCAAAAAUGUCUGGGUCUGGAAGGUUGCAACUUGUGAUGCUGUCUUUGGAAGGUAAAAAAAAUCUGUAUUGCAUGACCAGCAAGAAGAGUUCAGUUUGUGCUACGCGGAGUGGGCGUUUCUCAUGCGGAACACGCUUCAGUAGAAGGCCCUUUAAAAAUCUAUGACGCUAGGUCAUGCAUUACAGGCUUCAUGGGUUGUGCAAAAUAUGCAUGACAAACCUGGCAAUCUUCCAGACCCAGACAUUUUUGCACUUGAUAGACCGACUUCCGGUACCAGUGCGAGGCGUGCGGCGCGAAGUUUUUCACGGAAAAGGAAGUCAUCGAUAUGAACUGCAAAAGUAUCGUACUCGUAUAAAUGCAUUACAAAUUUCUCUCAGCAUGAGAAAUAAGAUUUGUAAAUGCGGAUUCAUCUUGAGAAGAAAAUAAAAAUUUGUAAUGCAUGACUGCAAUUACUACGAGUGCGAUUAUACUUUUGCACAGGAUAAUCGACCACGGAAAGCAACACGGGAUGGCGCACACCUGGGUGUUGGCGGUGAACCCCGAGCCGGGAGAUCACUUGGUGCGGUGGGACUGGGAAGGAUCGUUACUAUCCUUCAUGCCGGAACACCACGGGGUCUGCUUAUCCGAGAAAGAUUUCUUCGGCGACGCGAUGGUGGCGCACUUUGUGAGGGGGAGGGGGGUGGUAUAGAAAGAAAAAAGUUUGUCACAGUCAUUAACUUGGAGAUUUAGCAUUACAAAUUUUUUUAGCAUCACAACUUUUCCUUGUAUUGCAGAAACACUAAGGGAAAUCUCCUAUGAAGUUUGGCUGUGAUGCAUUUUUCCGCAUGACAGGCAUUUUUUGUAUUGCAAAAAUUCCCAUGAGUGAUCGUGACGAACUUUUUUCUUCUGAUACGUGGUCAGUGACAGCCUGGUGGAUUUUGCUUUCGUGGACAAUUCUUCUUCGACGUCUUCUUCAAGCAGCUCUUCAUCUUCUAGUAGCUCAUCAUCUACUGCGCAGGCGAAGAACAAGAAGAAACCCGAUAGAAAAAGUAACCAGAAGCACGUAACACCAUCUAAAUCCAGUGACGGAGAAACAACCGACGAGGGAAGCGGAGUAGGGAGUGAAGAGAACAGCAAAUCCGCAGACGAACAAGACACGACGGCCCUCCCGUCCAUCUCCGAGAAGAAGAAGAUCUAUCUCUGGGCGCACGAGGACCGGUUGGAAAAGAAACGAACGCAGCAGCGGUGCAUGCACAUGGUGGGAAAGAAAGGCUUCCUAUGCAUGGUAAAAGCAUCGUACUUGGAUAAAUGCAUUACAAAUUUCCUUAGUAUGAGAAAUAAAAUUUGUAAUGCGGAUUUAGCUUCAGAAUAAAACUUGUAAUGCAUGACUGCAAUACGAGUGCGAUUAUACUUUUGCAGAGGAUACUUCCACGGUUUGUACAACAACUGCGAGCAUUUUGCGUCCUGGGCCGUGAUCGGGGAGAAGAAAUCAAGACAGCUGUGGGCCUUGGGAGGCGGGGUAACCGGGCUGAGUGCCUUGUGGCAUUUGGCAGGGUACAUGGCGGCGGGGGCGAUCGGUACAGAUUUUUGCUUUUCCUCUUUAUGCUUCAGGUGCAACAAGCGCUGCAGCCCUUCAGGCUUAGUCCUCGCAUUUUUGGUCGACCCAUAUAUUACGAAAAGACAAACGGUCGCUGAAGACAUUUUUGAUAUUGGCGUCCAAUAGCAAUCAAAUUAUUCUCCUUCUCUUAGGUUUCGCCGUAGCGCACGGUGUGUUUGUGGUCUGCAAAUGGACGGGCAUAGUCUACCUCGGCUCCGACGCGGCAGAGCAUCACUGGGAUUCCCUCACACGCGUCGCGUCUCUCUCCGGUCCAGACCAACCGAAAACCUGCUGCAUCUGCAAUGCCGUUUGCACCGCUACAACAUCAACCGGUACUUGCGCGGGUGCGUCUUCUGGCAAAGUGAAAAAUAACAAUAAGAAGAAAAAACAGCAAUCAAAACCAGUGAAGGAAACCACCGAACCGCUGGAACCCUUUCUCAACUGUCAGCACGGGGCGUGUAGGAGUUGUUUGCGAAAAUACCUACUGGAAAACCACGGCCCGAUGAUCUGCCCCCACCCGGACUGCUGGGAGGUUUUGCCGCCGGAUUUACUCUGCGUGCUGGCGGAAAAGGAGGAAGAUCAAGAUGGUUUUAUCGAGGCGCCGGGGGUGCAUGGAAGCACAGUAGAGAAGAUGUGAGAGUCAGAAUCAGAUGCAAGUAGUCGAUGAAGCUGAUGCUCUCACUAAGAAUAAAAAGGAAAUGGCUGCGAAAGUAGGAGCAACUGUGACUCAAACAGUUCGACGCGUGCAUCAAAUCACAUUCACUUCUCUCAUGAAACAAAGGAGAAAAGAACAUUGAACAAUCAAUGCAGCCCUGCAGCUGCUUCUGAACUUCUAGAUCUAGAUGUAGCAGAAGUGCUACAACUUUAAUAAUACCAGUGAGCUUAGAACUAUUUCCAAGAAUACUUCUGCUUAUCAAGAACAAACAAACACCCAGAAACUGUGCCUAAAAGCACGAUCCUGACGUGCUGUCAUCUUCAACGAGCGAGCUUUUUUUAUCUAGGUGAAGUUUGAAUUUGUCGAAUAAACAAGAAAACCAGAUGACGAAACACUUGUGCCUGAACAACUAGAGCUAGCUGCACUAUUUAUGUUGAUUCGAAAUGCUUGCCUGUUUCUGUGCAGAGAAAGAAACUCACAUUGCGUUUGCGCUGAUGUUGCAGAACCUGCUAGCAGAAGUGUCCUCGCUUCUUGUAGAGCAACUGCAUAAGCUGCAUCAUCUUUUGCGAUAUUAACUCAAAGAAGAUGAAUGAAAAUGCGAAGAAUUUGAUCCAAUAGAACUGCUAUUGCUUGGAAGAACGGAGCUGAAACUUCCACUACCGCAGCUCCACUGCUUCUGCGCAGCUUCUAGGCUCGUUGCGCGAAUGACGAAUGUUGAGGUUACAAUAAGCAGUAGCCACUACGACUAACAAGAUUAAGAGUCAUG